AUGGCUAGCCUGAGUGCGACUCCAGACAGAGAAGAUAGAGACUCUGCUGCUUCCAUCGUACCACGACCAGCUCCAUCUCCCAGCGCCACCAGCAAGAGCGUCCUCCUGAACCCUCGAAAUGAUCCCAACGAGCUAAUGAACGACUCGGCUGAAGAAAGCGACAACGAGCAUCUCAACGAUACAUUAAUCAACCUGACCCCAUCUCAUAUCCGCGCCAUCAUCCAGAACGACCUCAUAAAACGCCUCUCACAACUCUCCGCAGACUAUUUUGGCCGUUACCUCCACCUCCAACUCAACUCCCCUUUCUGGACCAAACUGCUCAAUCCAGCAGAUCAAAAUACAAAUGCAGACGGGUCUACUCGUCCCCCAUUACUCAUAAGUCGCGAAUGGGCCGAAUACGUCGUCGACGCAAGCCGCAUAUUCUUCGACGCGGGCCUCUCAGUUGACAAAGUGGUGUCCAUCAUCGACCGCGCCAUCUGUUUCGCGGCGAUUUGUCUCUUGGAUAGACCGACAGAAAAAAUCUACUUUGGGGAUGGGAGGAAUAUGUUCUACGAGUUUGAGUCUCGCGGGAUGCCGAGGGAGAUGAGGCCGAAGUACAAGGCGUUUUUGACGGGGAUGAGGGUUACUCUUUUGGAAGGUAGAGAGGAAGCACGGUCAGAUAGUGGAAUGGAUGUUGUGCAGGGAAGUGGCGAAGAGUCGGAGGUUGUUGGCGAGGUUGAGCAAUUGGAAGAUGUAGUUGCUUCUUCUCCGGCAGAUGGCGCUGUGAAGGUCACCACCGGUAUUCAACAGGAGACCACCGACAUUCUACGCUGGGAACCAUCUCCGACAGAAGUAGAAACUUCCACUCUCAAUAGCGAGGCAAAGGGUGACAGUCAGGAUCAAACCGCCAAGAAUCAUCCGCUAUCGAAGAGGGAGCGCAAAAAGUUAAAACGCAAAGAACGGAAGAAACGCGCUCGCGCACAAGCAAAGCUACUUUCUCAGAGCAAGGAUACAAUGGAGGUCAAGGUCAAAGAGGAAUUACGGGUAAAUCAAAACCAGAAACAGAAGGAGAAGACGAAGAAGGUCAAUGCAGCGAUUGGACACGGGACUGGGUUAUUAUCAUGA